AGAAAUCAAAAACAGUCCUGGCACCAACUUUCUCAUGCAGUAUAGAUUGAAGAAUGUUGAAAAGAGUGGAGCAUCCAAAAUGAGUGCAUAAGAAUUAGCAACUAUAAUUGAACAAUAAAUCUAAUAAAAAUUUGGUGAUGUCCAAUUACUAAGGGUUGAUGUAAAUGAGCAACAGGAAUCCAUUAUUACUUCUGUAUACGAAAAUAAAGACCCAAGCAACAAGUAUAAUAGAUUUUUAGAUGUCUAAUUUCUAAAGGAAAUACUUUUAGUAGAAGAAUUGCAUUAGGAUGAGGAAGAAGAUGAAGAUUACGAGGAUACCGUAAAUGAAGUUGCGAUGGAUCAUAAGUUCUAGCAAUUAAAACAAGCAAUCGAUUGCUUCUUUGAAUUCUCCAAAGACUUGGAUCAAGUCAAAUAAAUGCAAUUAGAAAACAAAUUUAAAUCUAUCAUAGGUAACAUUGCAAAUAAAGAACAAAAAUUGCAGAUUAAGAUUCUCGUCAAAUGCAAGGGCAAUCUAAUAUCUCAUUUACAUUAAGAAAAACUCUAUUUAGGUGGCUAAGAAAGAGAUCCUGCUUUUAUUGACUUAAUCUCGUCGAAUCCCUUUGUCAAUCCUGAUAUUACUAAUAUGAUUAAUUCAAAUUUGAUUAAAGUUUAGAGUUUCUAAAUAGGAAUGCUUCAAUUUAUUUAGGAGUAAUAGUAGUUGCAAUUUUAAUAGUUCUUUACUUCUGCCCAAUUCUAGAAGUAAAUGAACAUGCCCUAUCAAAUUUACAUCAAAGAAACCAAAGGGAAUGAAAAAUGUCUUCAAUUAAUACUAGGAUUCAUGCAUCAAUUUUCAAUCAGAAUAGACAUUGAUCUGACUCUAUGUCAAACUGUAUAUCAGUAAGAUUAAACAAGUUUCUACUUUAAAUUGUUAUCUCCUCCUUCUUGUUAUGCAGCUCAUCAUGGAAAAUGGAAGUACGAGAAUAAUUUGAUCAAGUCUCAAUUUGUUAAAGUCGAUAACAUUUUCUUAAAUCAUUUAGUUAUAUCAGAAAAGAUUAAUGAAAUUUAGAGAUUGCUAUUCCUCAACAAUACAACUAUAUUGAUCAAACUUGAUUAAAGUUCCGAUUAUUUUAAAUAAAAAUUAUAGAGUUUCCACGUUUUAAAUGUUGACUACCCUGUUGUGGCUCAUAUCAAACUUUAAAAUGAUAUAUCUUAUUCUAGAUUGAUGAAUAGUAAAUAUUUGAACUUUUCGUUGCGAUUCAACAUACUUGCUGCCAUCAGCUAGAACAAAUUUAACAAAUAAAAAUAGAUAUAGGAAUUGAUAGAGACUUGUGAAUCAGGAUAUAAAAAAUAUGCUGAGAAAUAACCUUAGAUUUUGAAUGGAAUUUUUGAAUUAACAUUUAAUACAUUCUGUAAGAUAACAUCAAAUCUCUCACUUUUUGAUGAGAAGGAUGUGGAAAAAAAAAAUGAGAGUCAUUUAAGAUACUUUAAGAGUGUGUUCAAGAGAACCUAACAAGAUUUUAUUGAAUUACGUGACCCAACAAUGAGAUUGGCAUACACAAGAAGAGUGUCAAUGACUCCAUCUGGAAUCUUGUAUUUUAAUAAGUAGCCUGAAGUCACUAGUGGCAUUCUGAGAUAGCAUUAUAAUAUAGUUGAGUAUUUCUUGAGAGUUCAUUAUGAGGAUGAGAAUUAAGACAUGGUGUUGAAUAUCCCCUAUAUUACUUAAACUUACUACUAUAAUUUCAUGUUCCCCUCUUUAAAACUCUUGGGUUAGCACUAUGAACUAUUUACCUGGAGUUCAUCUUCAUUAAGAGCUGGAACAUGUUGGUUUAUCGAUUUCAAUAGAGCAGGCAAACAGAGGUCUGAAAUUAUUAACUCUAUAGGCAAUUUCACAAAUUUGAAAUAUGAUGAAAUUGCCAAGAAUGCAGCUCGAUUGGGAUAGAAUCUUAGUACAAGUAUUAGUGUGGAUUGGAUUGGUCCAACUAACGUUCAAAUAAAGGAUGAUCUAGUGGAUAACAAUAAGAAAUUGUUCACCGAUGGUAUUGGCAAGAUUUCCUAAGAUUUAAUUGAUGUGAUUAGAUAAAAAGUGAAAGUGAAAGGGAAUUCAAAAUCUAAAAUAUCAGCUAUUUAGGUUAGAUAUGAAGGAGCCAAGGGUCUAUUGGUUUUGGAUGAAAAUCUUGAAUCAAAAACAAUUGUGUUAAGGAGGUCAAUGAUUAAAUAUAAUCCAGCCAAAGGGUAUCAAAACAAACUUCAAAUCUUGGAUUUCAAUAAAUUUAGAGGGGGAUACUUGAAUAGACAGAUCAUAAUUCUAUUGUUGACACUCUAGGUUAAUGAGAAUGUCUUUCAAGAACUUUAAGAUGGUAAUAAUUAUUCCUAUUAAUGUAGAAUAUUUGAAGAAAAUUGAGGAUUUAUAAAUGAAAGAUGCUUCCAUUUACAAAUAUUUUAGUGCGGAUUAUUGUGAUGAAUAAAUUGAUCUACCCAAUAUAAUGGAUGCUUUGAGAGCCUAUAUAAACAUUGGAAUGGAAGACAAUAUAUUGUGUUAAGGAGUCCUAUCAAAAUUAAAAUAAAGAGGGUUAUUGUAGCUAAGGAAAAAGACUUCGAUACUUGUGGAGAAAGCAGCAAGAGUCUUAGGAGUCAUAGAUGAGCAUAAUUUAUUGCAACCAAAUGAAGUUUAUUGUUUAGUUUUGGAUGAGAAUAAUGGUACUUAAGUUGAACCCGAGAAUAUCAAAGGGGAAGUGCUUGUCACUAGAAAUCCUUGUUUGCAUCCUGGAGAUAUUAAGAAACUCAACGCUAUUUCAACAAAAGAGAUAUUAAAAAGAAAUGGUGGCAAGAAUCCCUAUAGUUAAUUGAUCAAUUGUUUAGUAUUUCCAGCCUGUGGAAAUUCACUUCCUUGCUAGAUUGCAGGAGGAGAUCUAGAUGGAGACUUAUAUUUUAUUUGUUGGGAUAAUAGAUUAUUGCCUCCAGUGCUUGUUAAAUCCAUGGUUUAUGAUGACAAGAAACAAAAUCAAGUUUAAUAUAAGAAAAUGAAUUUUAGAGAGAACAAUUAAAUGUUUCAUGAAAACAUCGAUAUGAAUUUCGAUAUGAAAAGUAUGUUUGAUUUUCUGUAUUUCUAUCUAAAUUGUGAGACUCUAGGGUUGAUUGACAAUUCGCAUUUAGCAUGGGCUGACAAAUCAGAUAAAAAGGCCAAUGAUCCCAAUUGUCUUGAGUUGGCUGAGUUGCAUUCAGAUGCAGUAGAUUUUGUGAAAACUGGGAAACAAGUCUUUCUAGAUGCUAAACUUCUCUCCAAAAGUACAGAUGUUAUAUAAUCUCAUAGUUUUCCCUGAUUAUAUGGAAAAGGAGCAAUCAGUAACUUAUGAAUCGCAAAAUAUAAUAGGGAAAUUGUAUAGACAAGUUGCAUCAAUGGGGAUUUAGUAAGACAACUUAUUGAGUUAAGGAUUGGGAUUUAAGUAAAAUAAUUUACCGAAAAUUGAAUACAAAUUGUUGUAUAAUUUCGAUAAAUUAAUUACUGCUUGCAAAUAGAUAAAAUAAAAUUGCAAAAUUACAAUCAAUUUGGAAGAAAAGAAAGAACAAAAUGAAUUACAACAAGAAGUUUAAGAAGAUAUGAUAAAUGAGGAAAUCAUUCAAUUAAUUUAGAAAUACAUUGAUGAUAACUUUUCAAGACAUUUUGAUUCUGCAAUCAAAUUUAUUAACCUUAUUUUUGAAUCGAUAUUUGGGAUUAUACAAACAUUUGCAGUAAAAAGUGAGUUUGAAAUUUACAGUGGUAACUUUAGUAGCAUGCAAAAAGGAGAUGGCUUAUAUUAGAAAGUAUGAUAUAUUGUUAUAACAAUAGAAAAAACUGAAUGUAGAAAAAUACUAAAAACGUAUCAUUGCUUUAGUCAGUCAAUUACAUCAAGAAGUUGAAAGGAAAUUGCAGGCUCUUUCUGAAAUGGAAAGAUUACAAAGAAUAUCAUUAAUCAAUUUCAUUUUAACAUACUCUCCGAAUUCUCAUCCUUAUCCUACAUAUACUAUAUUGGGAGAGUUUAUUUCAUAAGUGAUGAAAUAGAUUGAGUGUUUGGAUGGAUGGAAAACAUUGUUGAAUAUUCAUUCAGUAUGGUACAGAGGAGUUGGUUAGUAUUUGUUUUGGAAGGACUUAUUGAAGAUAUUUAAUCAUGACGAGGAGGAACUUAUUUGA